UAGUGUUAACACAUUAAUUAUAUUUCGUAACGUUACGAUCCGAUGAUUAGAUUUUCAACAAUGAAAAACAAUAUAUUGCGAUCUAACAUAGAAAAAAAACAAAAUUAUAUGCAUGAUAUGAAAACCAUUAUGGACAUGUAUGUACAGCUAUAUCAUAUUGAAUAUCUAAAAUAAGAAAUUUAUGUCGCAGAAGAUUCUUGUUAUGAAUCGAUUUCAAUGGUAAGAGGCAAGAAGUAAAAGAUGCAAUUAAGAGAAUGAUAUACAAGAGGAAAGCACACAUAUAUUGUGAUAAAGCUUACUUUACAUGUGGAGAUCAUGAAUUAUUUAUAGGACAGGGCGGGCACUUCAUGGGAUUUUUGAGAUGUGCACACUAUAGGUUUCUAGAGUAGACUAUAGUGACGUACUUAUUUUUCAAAACAUUUCAAAAUAAGAUUUGUAAAUGAUCGUGACACGAGCAAUUGAAUUAAUUGUGUUUCACUGGACGAUUAAUUAAAAUGUCGGAAGUCGUCGUGUUAAGUGAUUCGAACGAGUCCGUUUCGUCUAUCGAGCUCACACAAAAACGAAGGAAUGAUAAUGAAAAUAAGAAAUCUUUCGAUGAUUCUGACUCAAGUGAGUUUGAGCUUCCCGAAGUACAAUUUGAUUAUGACUUUGAUAAAGAUAACGUAGGUGAAUCACACAAUGUCAUCAGUAAUAUAAACAAUUCUCCUGUUUUUAAUACUUGCGCAUUGUCAUCUCGAAGCAAUGACAAGGAAUCGAGAAAACAAACUUUACCCAAUACCACAUCUGAUUCAGAUGAAGAAAACAUAAAUGUACAGAAGAGAAAAAAACCUGUGGGUAAAAGAAAUAAGAAUCAACUAAAUGAAGAGAAAUUGAAGAAACGAGAUCAAUUAACAAGAGACAGGGCACUGAAAACCAUCGCUGCUAAGAGAUUGAAAAAUCUGAGACCUGGUGAAUGUAUGAAGUUCGUGGAAGUGGUCCUUGACGAAGGUAUUGAGAAUUCUGCUGCCUUUGCAGUAAUUAUAAAUACAUUGAUGGAAGCUAAUGUACAAUAUAGUAUUAACACAGAAUUAAUUUCAAAUAGCAUUACAUGGAAAAGAAAUGUUGAACAUAGUUAUGUCAAUGAGGAUAAUCAGAUAUGUACAGUAUCAGAUAUUGAGAGAGUUAAUCAAAUACUCUUAAUAUGGAAUUGGGAUAAAGCUGUGACAGAAGUAGAGGCUGGCAGCUUUUCUGCAUCUAUUUCUAGCAUCAAAUCUUUAUUACCAAAUUCCAAUAUAAUUCUUGUAAUUUUUGAGAUCGAAGAUUAUUUUGCAUACCACAAGAAAGGGGCAGGUAAAGGUAAAGCUAAGACUCAAGCGGGGAAGACUGGUGAUCAAGAUUUCAAAAACUUCCCAGAGAUAUCAAGAAGGCGUCUUGAAUCAUGUCUCAAUGAAGUACAAAUUAUUGCUGGCUGUAGUAGCAGGCUGAUUAACAGUCGUCAUGAUUUGGCUCUAAUGGUAUAUCAAUGUACAAAAGCUAUAGCGGAGACACCUUACAAAUUAGAGAAAAAUAAAGGCUUGUCAAACAAAUUUGAUUGGUAUGUAAUGGGAGACAAUAAGAACACUGUGAAAGUAGAUAAAGAUGGAAACGGAUUGAAAAGAUUAUGGCAACAGCAGCUUCGCCAGUUUAAUCUAAGCAGUCUGGAAAUUGCAGAAGCAAUUUGUUCUGUAUAUCCAAGUCCUGCAAAUUUAGUAGAAGCUUAUAUGAAUUGUACCGAUGAUGAAGGAAUCAAUUUAUUGAAAGACAUUCCGAUUAGAAGAGCAGCUGGGCCUCUCACGACCGCACGUAGAGUCGGUCCAGAAUUAAGUAAGAAGAUUUAUUUAAUGUUUACAUCCAGGGAUGGCGAGAGUGUGCUAAAUUGAAAAAGUUUUUAAGGAUGUAUUGGCUAUACAGUCAAUCCCAAAAGUUUAUGCACUUUAGAAACGCAUUU